CAGAAGCAGUCGCACUUUUGCACAUCUCUCGACAUCGGAGCACAAGGCAGUAUUUGGGCAAUCUCUCACCCCAUAACAAUGGCAGAUCCAAGAAUACGGCAGAUUAAAAUCAAAACCGGUAUCGUUAAGAGACUGGCUAAAGAGGAGGUUUCUUACAUAAAUGAAGCAAAGCAGCAAGAGGAGAAGGUUGAGCAGCUGAAAGCGGAAGCAGGAGAUGAAUAUAUGAUCAAGAAACAGGUGGAAGUGUUGCAAGAGUCAAGAAUGAUGAUCCCAGACUGCCACCGCCGCCUGGCCAUAGCACAUGCUGAUCUUAGCCAAUUCUUAGAAACAGAAGAGGAUUUGGCAGAAGCAGAGGAGUACAAAGAGGCCAGAAACAUAUUGGAUUCAGUGAAGCUUGAAGGGUGAUUUCUGAGCUGCUUUCUGUCCUCACUGAGAUCCCGCUGAGAUCCACUUAUUAAAUGUCCAUUCCUUUGAACUGACAUUUUUUACAUUUCUUUUUUCAAUUAAGUCUAUUCUGACUAUUUACUUUUACUGUGCCUACAUAUUGUUAUAUAAUUAUGUUGUAUGUUCAACCCCUAAGAUUGAAAAUAAAGAAUGGUUGAAUGUUUUUUUAGUCGGCCUGUUAGGGGCUUCAGUGCACCUGUCCUAAAAAGCCUCAUUUCUGAUGUCCUCCUGUUUAAGUUGGGUAAUGCUGAAGGACUGUUAUUGGCUCUAACAUUAUAACCCCUGUCAGUAGGACUUAAUUGCAGCAUAUUCUGUGCUGCUGGAAUUCUGCUCUAACAGCAGUGAAAUGGGUUGUGUCUUGAUACCUACAAUAAAGACAAGAGCACUUUGGGCAACCAUGUCAAUGACAAAUGUUGGUUAUGGUCAUGAAUGACAAAAUAGACCUGCCUCUGAUCCAUCUAUUAGGCUUACCCGAAUCACAGCACCUCCUAUUAAGGCUGAGGGACUCCUCCCUAAAUAGCUAUACUAAUAAAUGAACUCAAUUGGAAGACAAAUUAAGGUUGCAUUUGACUUCAUCCUUAUUUUACAGAUUUGGAUAAUUACUAGGAUCACCCCCAAAGUCUCAUUAGCGCCCUAAUGUGGCGCUGCUACUGCGUGACAUCUUGCCCGCUCCAUCUCGUUAAGGAAAUCACUCUUCAAUGCUGAUUAUUUUAUUUGGAGGUAUAAUUAUAUUUCUUUCGAUAAAUCACGGCCCGGUCGACUCAGUACAGAGGGCAGCGGCGUUAAUUGAGGCAUGAGAUGCAGCAACGAGGCCUACACCUGCGCUUUAAACGCCCAGCUCCACAUUGUCCCCACAGCUCAAACCGAGACGACCCUUUCAUGUGUCCUCGCGGCAAAAUCGAUUCUCUUCAAAAAUCUUUAAUUCAAUGUAAUGUUUUUUCUUUGUGACCAAAAGGACAGAAGUCAAAAUUACCCUCUUUUUCCUUUCUAUUCUCAUGGACAUGGAAUUAUGCCAGCAGUAUGCAAAUACACUGCUAUUCUCCUUUUAUUUUCAGGACCAUGUUUUUUCAAUUUUAUUAAAAGUGACUCCUCGUCUCCACA